AUGCUUUCCAUGGGUCUUGCAACUUCUCAUCAAUUGCCUGCUAUCCACGCCUCAAGGCGCUUCAAAACAAGCCCGAUUCCAACUCUUGUGCUGGUUACCACUCUUGUGGUGCUUGCUGCGUUUCACGGUCAAGCGAACGCCGCAAAAACUAGCAACAGGAGCAGCAGCAGCAACAGCAGCAGCAGUGGAGAGGGAGGGGGUGGGGGGGUGGUGUGGGAGUUGGAGGAAGGGCGAGUCGUGAAUCCUGGUUUCACAAAGUCCAGGACGACAGAUAACCCCGAGUGGCUCGCCAACCUGCAAGCCGGAUUGUUCAUCAACUGCGGAGGACCCAACGUGACCACCCUCUGGUUCGCCGACAGCACUGCCAUCACUUGGACCUCCGAUGCCCCUCUCAUGACCCUCGGCGCGCCCUUCACUAUCACUCCUGCUGCUGCUGGCAACCGGAGCAACAGCAGCAGCUCAACGCCCUUGAUGGGCAUACGGCCGUUGGCAGGAGUGCAGCGGAACGGGAGUAGUGCUGCAGGGAAUGGUACCAGUGGAAGGAGCAACGGCUCGAUUGUAGAAUUUACUGUCAGCACUUUCAACAGCACUGCCGCCAACGGCACUGCAACCAACGGCACUGCAACCAACGGCACUGCAACCAACGGCCUCACAACCAACAGCACCACAAGCACCAGCUCUCCACCCACCGCUGCUCCAUCCCGCACACCUUCCAGCAUACCUAUACCCUCCCCCAAGAACAAGACCUCCACGACACCUUCAGACACCAUCCCAAUCACCCCUCCCUCAACCGAAUCCAAAACCCUCCUCACCUUCUCCGACCCCUCUCUAGCCCUCAUGGCGCCCAUAUUCGAAUCCGCCAGGGCGUUCAACGCGCGGGAUGGACUCACUCUCUGGUACUCUCUCCCUGUGCCCGAACCUGCCUACUACGUGGUGCGGCUGUACUUUGCAGAGCUUGUGAACCGAGUGCCAGGAGCAAGGCGGUUCAAUGUGAGCGUGGAGGGAACCGAGGUGCUGCCUGCGUUUGCCAUCGGGCAACGGUUCCCCACUGUGGAUCGCACCCGCGCAGCUGCUGCUGGGGCUGCUGGCGGUGGUUUUGGGCGGGGUUUCAGUGGUAUCAGUGCUGCCAAGGUUGUUUCGACGGUCACGAACAGUGACCUUGUUAGCAUAGCCAGCAGCAGCAGUACUGCUGCCGGAAGUGGCAGCAACACCAGCGCCAAUACCGGCGCCAACAUCAGCACCAGGCUUACCAACAAGCGCAGGAACAAUAGGAGCAUCAGCAGCAGCGCCAACAGCAGCGCCAACAGCAGCGCCAACAUCACCAACAGUGCCAACAGCACCAGCAGCAGCGCCAACAGCACCAGCAGCAGCGCCAACAGCACCAGCAGCAGCGCCAACAGCACCAGCAGCAGCGCCAACAGCACCAGCAGCAUCGCCAACAGCACCAGCAGCAUCGCCAACAGCACCAGCAGCAUCGCCAACAGCACCAGCAGCAUCGCCAACAGCACCAGCAGCAGCAGCAGCAGCGGCGGGGCUGUGGAGGGCGAUGUGGUUCGGGGCCAUGUGGUGGAGGUGUAUGUGCCGGUGACAGACGGCUCUGUGGACGUGUUCUUCACCUCGGGGGACAUCGGUGACCCCGUCAUCUCCGCCAUCUCUGUGCUCGAGUGCCCAAAAGGAAUGUACAACCUCACAGCACCGAACAGCACCGCUGUGCUUGCUUCGCUGUACCACAUUGGGGCGGGAUUGACACCCAACUCGUUCUUCCUGGACGCCAUUGGCCGCUCGUGGCUGCCUGACACGCCGUACCUUGCCGCCCCUUCGCCGGCCAACACAAUGACUGUGGACAACGCUCCUGGGAUUUACAACUCGCUGUUCUCAAUGGAGAACGGAGACAACCCCAACAUGCCGCCAGAUGCCGUAUUCACUAAAUGGCGCACAACUGUGAACGGGCACGAGACGGAGCCGCAGGCGCGGUUCAAGGCGCACACGCUGCAGUACGUCUUCCCCGUGCCGCCCUCCACGCCCCUUGCUGUCUUCCUCGGCUUCCGAGACGGGCUGUUUGAUUUUCCGGGGGCGCGCUUCCUGCAAGUGUUCGUGGACGGUCAGCUGGCUGUGAAGCCCUUUGAUGCCUUUGCUCCGCCCGCCAACUAUUUGGCCAAGGAGCUUUACGUCACCAGCAACGCCUCUGGCUUUCUCACUAUCGAGAUUGCCAACGCCAAUUACACCGGCUUCACAUGGGACGCGUUUGUGAAUGCAGUGGAGGUGUUUCACAUGCUGCAGUGGGAGGAGGGGCGCGAGGCGGCGUUCAAGACCACUUUGCAGGCGGCACAGCAGCAGGCAGACCCCACUGUCGUCGUGCAGUCCGUCUGGCGGGGCAUCCUGCUGGGAGUGGUGUCAGCAGUCUUUGUGCUAGCUAUCGCCCUGGCAGUGCUGUUAGGCAUGAGAUGGCUCAAUGCGCGCAGAGCAGCAGCGGCAGCAGCUGAAUCCGAAAAGGAGAAGCUCCUGGGCGCCCGACCCAACAGCCGCUUCAACCGCCGAGCCAACGCCGCAGGCUCGGUGUCGUACAUGGGCAGCAGCUUUGGCGGAGGGAUGAACGGCAGCAGCGGAGGGGGCAGUGGGGGCGGCGGGGCAGGGAGCAAGGCGAUAUCAGCGUUUGGAGCACACUGCUUCACGUGGGAGGAGAUGAGGGAGGCCACUAACGACUUUGCACCCGCCAAUGUGAUCGGCAAGGGAGGGUUCGGCCAGGUGUUCCGGGGGCAGUUGGAGAGUGGGCACAUGGUGGCGGUGAAGCGGCUGGACGUGGGGUCGGAUCAGGGCGAGAAGGAGUUUGUCACCGAGGUCGAGCUGCUCACGCGCCUGCACCACCGCCACCUCGUGUCGCUCAUUGGCUUCUGUGAGGAGGACGACCAGCGCCUCAUGCUCGUCUAUGAAUACGUGCCCAAUGGCACGCUCAGGCAUGCACUGCAUGAUGCUGACAAGGCUCGGGAAAUGACCUGGAACCUUCGCCUCAGGGUGGCGUUGGGAGCAGCCAGAGGAAUCGAAUACCUGCACCGAGGCGCCCUGCCACCUGUCAUCCACCGCGACAUCAAGACGACCAACAUACUGCUGGACUAUCAGAUGAACGCCAAGGUGGCGGACUUUGGGCUGUCCCGCCUGGCACAGCAGGCUGUGAGCGGCACGCACCUGGACCUCAUCAGCACCAACGUCAAGGGCACCAUGGGCUACCUGGAUCCCAACUACUACACGAAGCAGCAGCUGACGGAGAAGAGUGACGUGUACAGCUUCGGGGUCAUCCUGCUGGAGCUCAUCUCCGGCAAGGUCCCCAUCUGGAUGGAGCCCCGCGCCCCCCCCGCCACAACCGCUGCCGCUGCUGCUGAUGGUGGUGAUAGUGCUGGUGGUGAUGGUGGUGAUGGUGGUGAUGGUGGUGAUGGUGGUGUUGGUGGUGUUGGCAGUGCUGCUGCUGGCGAAGGCAGUGUUGCUGAUGAUAGUGCUUCUGGCGCUGAUGGUGCUGCUGCUGGUGGUGCUGGUGGCGAUAGUGGAGGUGGAGGUGGAGGAGGAGGAGGAGGAGGGGUGGAGGGCAGGCAGGUGCAUGACAUGGACAGUGACGAUGAUGACGAGGACGACGAUGAGGACCGGCUCAUGAACCUCGUUGAAUGGGCGUCACCGCGCAUAGAGGCGGGGCGGGUGGACGUGGUAGCAGCAAGGGAGCUGCAGGCGGCGUCAGAGGCGGUGCUGCAGUCCAUGCAGGCCGUGGGGGAGCUGGCUCUCGCAUGCCUUGAGAUGCAGGCGCGCAACCGCCCCACCAUGUCGCAGGUUGUGCGGCAGCUAGAAGAAAUCCAGCUGGCGCUCGCAGAAGAAGACGAGGACGCCGUUCAGAUGCUGCCCCUCUCCACCGCCUCCACCUCAGCAGCAGCAGCAGCAGCAGCAGCAGCAGCAGCAGCAGCCAACCUCGGGGCCUCCCUCACCGCAUCUGGCAUCCCUCCGCCUCUCCCUCUGCCCACGGUGGACGAGGAUGCCUCAGCAGACUUCUCCCACCCCAGUGCGGCCAGCAACACCAACGUUUCGGCUUCCAACCGUGCCUCGCCGCGCAUUUCCCCUCGCAGUCCUGGCAAUGGGGUUGAUGCUGCCGGUUCUGGUAGCUUCACCUCCCCACGAGGCACCCACAAGCCAGAAGGGAGUGCUGGUGCUGCUGCUGCUGCUGGUGCUGGUUUUGGUGCUGGUGCGAUCAAGUCACCUCGUACUCUCAUCACCUCGCCUUACUCCCCUGCCCCGCUCAAUCGAACCUCCUCCCUCCCCUCACCUUCAUCUUCCCACCCCCCCGCCCUCUCCCCCAAAUCGGCACUCUCUCCCUCGUCCAAGCCUGCAGCCUGGGCCAAUCAGUGCUGGCCACGUGGCACAGGGAACAGGCCUGGCAGCAGCAGCAGCAAGGGCAAGGAGAAGGGAGCUGGUGCUGCUGGGGAGAAUGGCAUGCAAGUGCAGGAGGGGGAGAGAAUGGAGGAAGUGGAGGUGGGGCAGGAGGGGGAGCAGGUGGAGAUUCAGAGCCCUAUAAUAGAGUCGGACCAGGCACCGCUCAAAUCGGCUAAGUACCUCUCCAGCGGCCCAUUGUUGUAG